AUGUAGUGGAAAAUAUGACCCGUCGUCUCUUCCCAUCCUCCAAGGUCUCCAAGGUCCACAGAAAUUGGAGCACUAUGAACCUGCCAUUUAAGCUCUGGGGUGCAUUGCCCCUCGAUAUUGGAGACAUGGCGUGACGCGUAGAAUGGCAGUCUUUCAUUUCUUUGCAUACAUAUCCCGUGGUAUAUUCCCUCGACGCUCAGUAUUAACAGCUCGAACCUGUAUAACGUGCACAGACAUGGCAACAGCCGCGCCCUCGCCCGUGGUAUACCACAUCUCUCCGACCAAGCUGAUCCCAAACUCCCAUCUUCCGCUGCUAUACUUUCCUGGCUUCUUCAGGCCGUCGGCCGCUUCGUUGAAGGGCAGGGACUCGCCUACAAACAGCGAUAAUACGCCACGCGUGGAUGCAGCCGAGGUGUACGACCACUUCCUCUCUCACGGCUGGGAGACGCAGUGGGUCGCCAAGUACGGCCUGAGCCAGCCGUCACACUACCACCCAGAGACGCACGAGUGCAUGGCCGUGCUGACCGGGCCGGGCAGGAUCCGGUUUGGCGUCGCCGACCUCGAUGCAGACUGGCGAAAGAACACGCCACUGUCGCGCCAGGCACAGGAGCAAAGACACGGCCAGAAGACCGCGGGGAGUUCAGAAACGCAGUGGGGAGGGGACAGCGCGGGUGAGGGAGUAUACUAUGAGCCGGGCGGCGUCGAGCUCACCGUGCAUGCCGGUGACGCGUUCAUCAUCCCCGCCGGCGUCGCGCACAAGUCCUACGACCCAGAGCACCCGGGGCAAGGAGAUAGCGCCGCAGAAGCAAUCGCGCUCACGGGUGGAGGGUUCCACGGGGUCAGCGGGGACGACACAAGAAAGGCAGUUCAGGACUGCGAGCUGUCUGGAUUUACCAUGAUCGGGGCGUAUCCUGAGGGCAAAGAUUGGACCUGGGCCGAAGGGGGCGCCCAUGUCGGCAAUUUCGAGAAGGUCUGGAGUGUUGGGAAGCCGAAGCUUGAUCCGCUGGUCGGCAAGGAAGGCGGCUUGAACAGUUUGUGGGAAUAGGACUUUCGAAACAUGAAGCCGUGAGUAUACGAAACAUCUGUUUUCAGAUCCUAGAUUCACGAAAAGGAUUCUGGAUUAUGUAAUUUAUAUUCGAAUGCAUCAACACCAUUACUCCACGC